AUGGCGACCACCGACGGGACUGGGGCCAAGGUGACGGAUGCGUGCUAUCGAUGCUGCUCAACCUGGACCACUUUGUCUCCAGGGAAAGAUGCGAACGAGAACGGCUGGAGAAGCGAAUUCAGCCAUUGCUGUGCCGUGCACUUUGGUGACGAGGAGAGCAAUGUCGAGCGCCCCGCCAAUGUCCUGGACAGGCAAGUGCAGGGCUACGAGAGCUACAUCGAGUUUGCCCUCCUCUCCGAUGCUGAGUUCCUCGAGCUUGCUGACCUGCCGGAAAAGACGAAGAUAUCCUCAGCUGCCCAUAAGAUGGUGAACCUUCCCAACUGUUUUGGUGAAGACCAAAGCUUCCGCCUCGUCUCCCUCAAGGGCAUGGAUCUUGGCACCAUCUUUUCGGUGCAGAAGGUGAAGUUCUAUUGCAAUGUUGGCUUGUCCAUGGAUGAGCUGCUCUUGCAAGCAUCACGGCAGCUGCAAGAAGACCAUGCCGCACGGAUCUUCGCAGCAGCCGCCAAGGAGCAAAAGGACACAGCAAUGCCCUUCACCGCCGCGCAGAGGAAGAACCUUCAAGAGAUCCACACUGUCGAGUCCUUGAAAGCAAAGCUUGUGAAGGAUGCGGCUCGCACAGGUGCUGACCUGCUGAAACCUGUGGAGACUGAUCCCCCAGAGGGUGCCUCGGACGAUGACAUGGAGGACGAUGCAACGGUGGGGAAGAAAGCAGUUGUGAAGGGCCUCUCCAGUCGCCUGCAGAAAGCGGUGGAGGAGCAGACGAUGGCGAAGGGCAAGCAGCCGAAGCGCAAGGUCGGCAAGCAGCCGGACAAGAAGCAGAAGGAGGACGAUGCCGAUGAGUCGGCUGCCAUCGACAGCGGCUCGCUGGAGCUCCCGAGUGGGCUCGAGGAAGUUGCGGAAAGCAUGCAAUCGAUCCCGAAAUGCUUCCGAUCGCUGUCCAUCCCUCGCAUACUUGCAGGUGAGAAACUGAUGAGAUCCGUGGAUGCUGCCAGAAGCGUGGCGGAUACACUCAAGAAGGAGAAGAACUAUUCUUACCGGUUUCUCGAGCGGGUUAUAUCGGCUUGUGAAUGUGCCAACGCUCUCUCUCAGACCUUGCCAGCUCUCUCCAGGCGGGACAUCCAGCUUUCCCUCAACUCCUUGAUCCAGCAAGGACACAGGAUUCCGCUCGAAAUGAUGCUGCAGGUGAACAAGCGCAUCGUUGGGUUCUUCAUCGACGAUUUGAUGGACGUGAUGAAGAUGAGGAGCGAUGAGAGGGCAAAGAAGCUGGAACCGCUGAUGUCGCAGCUCAUCGACUUCAUGUGCUGUUGGAAAUGUGGGCCCGACCAAAGCUGGAGCUUCACGAACCCAGGCUUUGGUGUGGAGUUUACGGACGCAGUGCUGAAGGCCUUCUGCAACAAUUCCUUCAUGCAGCUCUUGGACGAUGAGGGCCCCCAAGCCCAAGUUCUUCAGAAGCGACUUCUGUUGCAGCUCAUCUGCCAGAAGUACAUUGAUGAGUUCAACAAGGACAGUGUCGAAGGCUUGGAAAACGACUCUGUUCUUCCGGGGGCAAAGGAGGCCGCGAUCCGCCUGAAGAACACUUUGUCCCCCCUGCUCGUUCUCUUGGAUCCGGUGCCAUCGCAAGACCGCCCGGACGUGUCGAGUGUGUCUGUUUUGAUGGAUGAGCCGAAGACGGGGUCCAAGAAGAACGACCCGAAUCCUUUUCUCACUGCUGUCAUCCUAUGCUUGUCCACCACAGGUUGGCAGAAGAUGAUGGACGAAGUCCUUAAGGGUGCUCCAGGCUACUCCAAGCAUGGGCAGGCCAUCCAGGACUUCACAGCAGCUCUCCAGGAGGAGACCGAGAUGAGCAUCAGCAACUCUUUGCGACUGGCCUUGGAGAAGUUCAAAGAGUUCGACAGGGUCAUGCGACCCGGAUCCCUGAAGCGUCUCGAGGAGGCCAUGUGCAAACGGUUGAAGGAGAUCGGGGAAUGGACCGUGCAGCAGUACAGUGUCGCAGGCCUUCCGGCGGACUUCGUUCAGUUCCUGCAGAAAGGGUUCUCGCUCUUCACAGGCUUUACGGACCUGGAUGCCCGGGUGAGGCAAUGGAGCGCGAAGAUGGCCAAGGAGCUUGGGUGGAAUCGGCUCAAGGAUAUCGUUCAGGAGCUUCAAUCGACGAAGGAUGCUGGUGCAAGCGUGGUAGUUCCCUUUGAAGACAUCAAAGAGCUCCUGGACGGCAUUGCAGACAUUGCUGCAUGCGAGAAUGCGGAGGACACCCUCUCCAAGCUCGCACGGUUCAUGUUUAUGAACAUGGAGGAGAAGGCGGGCUGA